UCGACCCACCCGUCAAUCUUACCCUUCUUGCGAUCGGAAAAGAGAGAGGCCCCCCCCGAAGGGCCCCUUCAGUCCGAUCACCAGUAAAGUCGUGGUGAGUCAACUAACGCUACAGGACGAUGACGCGACACGUACCAGACCGCCACGUGUCUUGACAACUCGACUGACGAGUAGGUUUCACCCGCGGCUCACGUGGGAUUCCGAACCACCUGCCUCGGACAACCGUUUGCGAGCCCGAACCAGACCCCCUAAUAUAUAUAUAAUGUUCAUAAAUAAAUAAAUAAACAAUAGAAAAGACCAAUAAUACAAAAAAAAAAGGAUGAUGCUUCUUCGCCUCUACCGUGGGAUGAGCGGCUUGUUGGGGUGCCGGCAUUGAUUUCUUCUUCCUCCCCAAGCCAGCAUCAAUUACCACAGUAGAAGAAAAAGAAGGAAGAAGAAGAAGAACAAAGAGCUAAAGAAGCCUCCCACUCCAGGUUAAGCUUCUCCCCCAAGUCUUCUUCCUUCCUCCUCUCUCUUGGCUCUUUCUCUCUCUCUCUCUCGCUCUCUAUCAUUCUCUGUCCCUUUACAGAUCCGCCAUUAAAGCGCUCACGCCCCUUCCCCACGAGAAAGCAAGCGAGGAGCAACCAACCAAGCAAAGCUGUAGUCCGCCUUGACCUUUCACGCACAUCCACGACCACAUCCCUCUUCUUUAUUAGUCCCCUUCAGCGCUCUGCUUCAAGAACCAAAGAAAGAAAGAGAGCAGAGCAGACCGGAGCAAAGUAGAUGAUGAUGGCGAUGAUGGUGGAGCGAUGCUGCUGCGUUCGAACUCACCGUUUCUUGGCUUUGUUCUUGCUGCCACUGGGGUUCGCAUUGUUGGCGUCUUCCAGGGGCGUGGUGGGAAUUCUGGACCCGGUGGACUUCCUGGCGCUUCAGGCUAUCCGCAAGGGCCUCGAAGACAUGCCUGGCUCCGAUUUCUUCUCCGACUGGGACUUCACGGCCGACCCCUGUGCUUUUCCGGGCGUGUUCUGCGCUGGGGACCGCGUCAUGGCCCUCGCCCUGGGCGACCCCCGUGCCGGCUACCCCGGCCUCCAGGGCAGCCUCGACCCCGCCCUCGGCCGCCUCUCCGCCCUCGCCGAACUCUCCCUCGUUCCCGGCCGCGUCACGGGCCCGGUCCCCGACGAGCUCGCCGGAUGCCCCGACCUCCGCUUUCUCGCUCUCAGCAAGAACCUGCUAUCCGGCCCCAUCCCUGCCGGCCUCGGCGCCCUCCCCCGCCUCCGCACCCUCGAUCUUAGCUACAACCAGCUCUCCGGUCCCCUCCCCCCCUCCCUCACCGCCGCUCCGACCCUUUCCAACCUCAUCCUCUGCCAUAAUGAGCUCUCGGGCACCCUCCCGCCUUUCCCGGACGCCGCCUCCCUCCUCCGCCUCGACCUCAAGCACAACCAGCUCUCCGGCCCGGUGCCGUCGUUGCCGCCAUCGCUGCAGUACCUCGCCCUCAGCCACAACACCCUCACCGGCCCCGUGGACACCGUGCUUCCGCGCCUCACCCGGCUCAUCUUCCUGGACCUCAGCUCCAACCUGCUCGAGGGUCCCAUCCCCGGGUCCGUGUUCGAGUUCCCGCUCGCGGCGCUCCAGCUGCAGCGCAACGCCUUCUCCGGGAAAGUGGAGCCGCCGCAGGAGGACGUGGUCAUCCCGGUGGUGGACCUGAGCUACAACCGGCUGUGGGGGGCCGUGCCGCCGCAGCUGGCCGCCGUGGGUCGGCUCUACCUCAACAACAACCGGUUCUCCGGGGAGGUGCCGAGCCGCCUGGUGCAGGGGCUCAGCAACGGGAUGCAACUGCUCUACCUCCAGCACAACUUCCUGACGGGUAUCGAGAUAGGGCCCGCGGCUGCAGCCAUCCCCGUCGGUGCGUCGCUGUGCCUGCAGUACAAUUGCAUGGUGCCGCCGUUCGACACGCCCUGCCCACUCAAGGCCGGCACACAGAAGAUGCGCCCCGUCUAUCAGUGCCCCGACUGGAGAGGCUGAUCGCCCACAGCCGCCACUGCCGGAGUGGGCCAAAGAAUCAACCAGGGGAGGGAUCAAAAGAAACAAAGGGAGGAAGGAGGAAGAAGAGUUGCUGAUAUAUAUUUGAACAGUGGGUGGUAAUUUUGGGAUGGUUUCUGCUGCUUGAUCAAGCUGUUGUUUUGAUUGGUUAUUUGUCUUCUUAGUUGGUGUGUGCAUAAGGUAUGAAAUUAAGUUGUCAUGUAGAGAGAGAUCUUAUAUUGCUGUUGCAUGAUUUCAUGGGUCUCUUGAAGUACAUGAUCUCUGUUUUAUAUUC